AUGUCGCUUCUGGGGACCCUCAACCACAGCGUGGGCGAAACCACCACCGAGUUCACGGAAUACUCUUCGACCUCCGUCGCCGUGACUCGCGAAAUUAACCAUCAUGAAGUCUCCGGCAGUGUCAGCUCCGACGACACGGCCCUUGAAAAGCCCACCGAGGUCGGCAAUGAGGAUGUGAUCGAGGCCGAGGUCACUCGGCUGGCGCAGCAGCUCACCCGUGAAUCCACGCACUUCCAGGAUGGCGAGAACACCUUCCUCGAAACCAAAGAGGAUUCUACUCUCAACCCGCAUAGCCCCAACUUCCGGGCCCGCAAUUGGAUGAAGAACCUCCUGGCCAUCACUGCCCGCGACCCCGAACGCUACCCGGCGCGCCAGGCGGGUGUCUCCUUCCGCAACCUCAGUGUGCAUGGAUAUGGCAGCCCCACCGAUUAUCAGAAGGACGUGUUCAACUCCGUCCUGCAGGUCGGGGCCCUGUUCCGUAUGAUGACCGGCUCGGGAAAGCAGAAGAUUCAGAUUCUGCGAGAUUUUGACGGCUUGGUCAAGAGUGGCGAGAUGUUGGUCGUCCUGGGCCGCCCCGGUUCCGGUUGCUCAACCUUCCUGAAGACCCUGGCCGGCGAGAUGAACGGUAUCCACAAGGAUCCCAACUCCCAGAUGAACUACCAAGGUAUCUCUGAUAAGAAAAUGAAGAAACAGUUCCGCGGCGAGGCCAUCUAUACCGCCGAGACCGAUGUUCAUUUCCCUCAGCUGUCUGUGGGUGAUACCUUGAAAUUUGCUGCACUGGCUCGUGCUCCUCGCAACCGUUUGCCCGGUGUCUCCCGUGAUCAGUAUGCGGAGCACAUGCGGGAUGUGGUCAUGGCCAUGCUGGGUCUCUCGCACACCAUCAACACCCGCGUGGGCAACGACUUCGUUCGCGGUGUUUCCGGUGGUGAGCGCAAGCGUGUCUCAAUCGCCGAGGCCACUUUGUGUGCUAGCCCCUUGCAAUGCUGGGAUAACAGUACGCGUGGUCUGGACAGUGCCAAUGCCCUGGAGUUCUGCAAGACCUUGAACCUCAUGGCCAAGUACUCCGGCACUACCUGUGCCGUUGCCAUCUACCAGGCUUCUCAGAGUGCCUACGAUGUUUUCGAUAAGGUCACCGUCUUGUACGAGGGCCGACAGAUCUACUUCGGCCGCACUGGUGAUGCCAAGGAGUUUUUCACCAACAUGGGCUUCGAAUGCCCUGAGCGUCAGACUACCGCCGAUUUCCUGACCUCCCUGACUAGCCCUGCGGAGCGUAUUGUGAAGAAGGGUUACGAGAGCCUCGUGCCUCGUACUCCAGACGAGUUCGCCGCGGCUUGGAAGAACAGUAAGGAGUACAAGGACUUGAUCCGCGAAAUUGAGGAGUAUGACCAGUCUUACCCUCUCGGCGGAGAGUCGCUACAGAAGUUCGUUACUUCUCGCCGUGCGAUGCAGUCCAAGAACCAACGUACGAAAUCUCCCUAUACUAUGUCUGUCUGGGAGCAGAUCAACCUUUGCAUGGUCCGCGGCUUCCAACGGCUGAAGGGCGAUGCAAGCUUGACCCUGUCUCAGUUAAUCGGAAAUUUCAUUAUGGCUCUCAUUAUCGGUUCGGUUUUCUUCAACCUCGAAGAUACUACCGACAGUUUCUAUUCUCGUGGUGCUCUUCUCUUCUUCGCUGUUUUGCUCAAUGCUUUCUCCAGUGCUCUCGAGAUUCUGACUCUUUACGCGCAACGUCCCAUCGUCGAAAAGCAAGCCCGUUAUGCCAUGUAUCACCCCUUUACCGAAGCUGUUGCGUCUAUGUUGUGUGAUAUGCCAUACAAGAUCCUCAACGCGAUUACCUUCAACGUCACCCUCUAUUUCAUGACCCACUUACGUCGCACCCCUGGCGCUUUCUUCACCUUCCUUGUGUUCUCCUUCGUGACCACCUUGACCAUGUCCAUGAUUUUCCGUACGAUUGCCUCCUUUUCUCGUACCUUGUCUCAGGCUCUGGUGCCCGCUGCUAUCCUGAUCCUCGGUCUUGUUAUCUACACGGGUUUCACUAUCCCCCCCACUAACAUGCUGGGCUGGUCUCGUUGGAUGAACUAUAUUGACCCUAUCGGCUAUGGUUUCGAGUCACUGAUGGUCAACGAGUUCCACAAUCGGAGCUUUAAUUGUUCCACUUUCGUUCCCACUGGAAAUGGAUAUGGCGAUGUUAGUCUCACAAACAAGAUCUGCUCGUCCAAGGGCGCUCAGGCUGGAUCUGGCGUUGUCUUUGGUGAUGACUAUCUCAGAGACAGCUUCCAAUACUAUAAUAGUCAUAAGUGGCGCAACUUUGGUAUUAUGAUUGGUUUCAUGAUUUUCUUCAUGGCUACUUACCUCUUUGGUACUGAGUAUAUCUCGGAGGCCAAAUCGAAGGGCGAGGUUCUGCUUUUCCGUCGGGGCCAGGCCCCUAAGCGUUCCGAAGACGGAGAUGUUGAACAGAGCCAGGCCGUUUCUCACUCCGAGAAGACCGACGAGUCUGCCAGCCAGGAGGCUACUGCUGGUAUCCAGAGGCAGACCGCCGUCUUCCAUUGGCAGGAUGUAUGCUACGAUAUCAAGAUCAAGAGCGAGGAACGCCGUAUCUUGGAUCACGUUGAUGGUUGGGUCAAGCCUGGUACUUGUACUGCCCUAAUGGGAGUUUCCGGUGCCGGUAAGACUACUUUGCUUGAUGUGCUUGCUACCCGUGUCACUAUGGGUGUUGUUUCUGGCGAGAUGCUUGUCGACGGUCGCCUACGCGAUCAGUCUUUCCAGCGGAAGACUGGUUACGUUCAGCAGCAGGAUCUCCAUCUCUACACUACUACUGUUCGUGAGGCCCUCCGCUUCAGUGCCAUGCUUCGUCAGCCCGCCGAUGUCAGCCGUCAGGAAAAACUGGAUUACGUCGAGGAAGUUAUCAAGCUUUUGGGCAUGGAAGCCUACGCCGAUGCUAUUGUCGGUGUCCCCGGUGAAGGUCUCAACGUCGAACAACGCAAGCGUCUCACCAUUGGUGUCGAGCUUGCUGCCAAGCCGCAGCUGCUUCUCUUCUUGGAUGAACCCACUUCUGGUCUUGACAGUCAGACUUCUUGGUCUAUUCUCGAUCUUAUUGACACCUUGACCAAGCACGGCCAGGCUAUUCUCUGUACUAUCCAUCAGCCCUCUGCUAUGCUCUUUCAGCGUUUUGACCGCCUGCUUUUCCUUGCGAAGGGUGGCAAGACUGUCUACUUUGGUGAAAUUGGCGACAAGUCCUCUACUCUUUCCAACUAUUUCGAACGCAACGGUGCACCCAAGCUGUCUUCCGAGGCUAACCCCGCUGAAUGGAUGCUUGAGGUGAUUGGUGCUGCCCCUGGAUCUCACAGUGAUAUCGACUGGCCUGCUGUCUGGCGCGAGAGCCCUGAGCGCAAGGCUGUGCAUGAUCACCUGGCGGAACUCAAAUCCACUCUCUCUCAGAAGCCUGUGGAGGAGUCUAGUAACGACCCGGCCAACUACAAAGAAUUCGCUGCCUCCUUCCCUGUUCAGCUUUACGAGUGUUUGGUCCGUAUUUUCAGCCAGUAUUGGCGCACGCCGGUAUACAUUUACUCCAAGUCCGCUCUCUCGAUUCUCACUGCUCUCUAUAUCGGUUUCUCUUUCUUCCACGCCGAGAACUCCCUCCAGGGUCUCCAAAACCAGAUGUUCAGUAUUUUCAUGCUGUUGACUAUCUUCGGUAACCUGGUCCAGCAGAUCAUGCCUCACUUCUGUACUCAGCGUUCGCUGUAUGAGGUCCGCGAGCGUCCUUCCAAGACUUACUCGUGGCAAGCCUUCAUGACCGCCAACAUCCUCGUUGAACUGCCGUGGAACACGCUGAUGUCGGUGUUUAUCUUCGUCUGCUGGUACUACCCGAUCGGCUUGUACCGCAACGCAGAGCCCACUGAUGCCGUGCACGAGCGUGGAGCUCUGAUGUUCCUGCUCAUCUGGUCCUUCCUACUCUUUACCUCAACCUUCGCUCACAUGAUUAUUGCUGGUAUCGAGCUUGCGGAGACUGGCGGUAACCUGGCCAAUCUGCUGUUCUCGCUCUGCCUGAUCUUCUGUGGUGUUCUGGCCACUCCUUCCCAAAUGCCUGGAUUCUGGAUUUUCAUGUACCGCGUUUCUCCAUUUACCUAUCUUGUGUCCGCGAUGUUAUCCACCGGUGUUUCCGGCAGCGAGGCUGUCUGCGGCGCUGUUGAAUAUCUGCACUUUGACCCACCGUCCAACCAAACCUGCUACGACUAUAUGGAGCCGUACAUGAGCCUGAAUGGCGGAUAUCUUCAGAACCCCAAUGCCACCACCGAAUGUUCUUUCUGUAGCAUCUCCAGCACUGACACCUUCCUUGCAAGCGUGUCCAGUUACUACAAGGAUGCUUGGCGCAACUUUGGCCUGAUGUGGGUAUACAUCAUCGCCAACAUCUUCCUGGCCGUUUUCAUCUACUGGCUUGCCCGUGUGCCGAAGGGCAGCCGCAGCAAGAGCAAGAGCUCCUAG